CUCUCACACCCCCGCCUCAGCUGAGUCUAAAACCCUAGCUCCCGCCGCCGGCGAGCAGCGAGAUGAUGGACCAGCGGUGGCGCCCGACCGUGAACGAGCGGGAGUUCAUCGAGCAAGCCCUCCAGUCGGACCUCCGCGUCGAUGGCCGCCGCCCCUUCGACUUCCGCAAGCUCAAGAUCGCGUUCGGCAGGGAGGAUGGCUCGGCGGAGGUGGAGCUCGGCGAAACGCGUGUGAUGGGUUAUGUUACUGCCCAAUUGGUCCAGCCUUACAAGGACAGGCCUAACGAGGGGACGCUGGCCAUAUUCACGGAGUUCUCCCCCAUGGCUGAUCCUGCCUUUGAGCCUGGGCGACCUGGGGAAGCAGCGAUUGAGCUGGGCCGUGUCAUCGAUCGUGGCCUAAGGGAGAGCCGAGCUGUGGAUAUGGAGUCCCUAUGUGUUGUUGCUGGGAAGCACGUCUGGUCGGUUCGUGUCGACCUUCACAUUCUCGACAAUGGGGGGAAUCUAAUUGAUGCAGCUAACAUCGCUGCAUUGGCAGCUUUGUGUACAUUCCGGAGGCCUGAAUGCACAGUUGGUGGGGACGAUGGUCAGCAAGUUACAGUCCAUGACCCUGAGGUCAGAGAUCCUCUUCCGCUAGCAAUCCAUCACCUCCCGAUAGCUGUAACCUUUGCAUAUUUUGGUGAUGGUAAUAUCAUGGUUCUUGAUCCAACAUACAAGGAAGAAGCUGUUAUGGGAGGAAGAAUGACAGCCACAAUUAACUCGAAUGGUGAUGUCUGUUCCAUUCAGAAAGCUGGUGGAGAGGGUGUCAUGUCAAGCGUCAUCAUGCAGUGUUUAAGGAUUGCUUCGGUUAAAGCUGCUGAUAUAACAAGCAAGAUAAAGAGCAAGGUUGACGAGUACACCACUGAGAAGGCAGUGCGGAAAGUAAAGCGUACUCCAGUCUUGGUGGCUAAGAAAAAUGACGUUCCUGAUGUAACUAUGGAGAGCAACGACGGUGCAUUGGAAAGCCAAACCUCAAAGACACCCAAUGAUGCUCAGGGCAUAAGCAAAGGUGAUGAUGAUUAUCGUAUAAAAAGGAUUUCACCCUUGACUGGGGACCGAACUGUUAAACCCAAACAAACAUCCAUGUUCCUUGGUGGCCCAUCAAAUUGGGAUCCAUACUCCAAAGGAGUUUCCUUAAGCUCCCUCAGAAUCUCUCAGUUGCCGGAUCCACCAGCUAUACCAAAUGACAAGAGGCAUGAGGAUGCCAAAUCAAGGUUAAGUGAAUCUAAUCUGGACGUGGAAAGCAUGCCAAAUUCUGGAAUCGCUGGAGAGUCAGAUGAGGCCAAGGAAAGUGUAUCACCGAAGAGUCUAAAGGAUGCUGUCAAACCAAAGCAUAAAAGGAAGAAAAAACAACAUGGAAAGAGUUAGAUGAACUGUAACUUACAGGUCUGCCAGCUAAGAAUUAAAUAUCAUGAUGGUUGUAGACUCAGUUAGUUAGCCUUCUUAUUCUCUUGAUGGUGCACAUUAUAUGGAGGUAUUUUCUGAUAUUUGAGAGUACUAUUGCUCUCUUUUGGUGUGUCCCGGUUACUGUAAUAUCCAGUUACGGAUCUCUUUUGUAGGCAUUAACUGAGUGGAGCAUCUCUCUAGGCAAAUCUUUCCUGAUUGAAGGACCUGCAUCUAGAGUGGCAGGUCACCAUGCAUUUGGAGGAUUGUGUCUUAUGUACUUUCCGCUGUGCAGAAAUGAGCUAAGGAGUACUAAUGUUUCAUUGUUGUGCU